AUGGCUGAUCUUCCUUCUGCAAGAUUUCAAAACCUCAGGGUAUUCCUCAAUGUAGGACUUGACUAUGCAGGUCCAUUUGAAUUCAAAGAAAGUGAUAGGAGAAAAGCUCCACGAUCAAAGGGUUAUUUGGUAAUCUUCAUUUGUAUGUCCACAAAAGCCGUCCAUCUUGAAUUUGCUACAAGUCUAUCAACAAAAUCAUUUCUUGCUGCUCUUGAUAGAUUCUGUGCUAGACGAGGUCUUUGUAAGCAGAUUUUCAGUGACUGUGGUACCAACUUUCAAGGUGCCUCAAAUCAUUUCAAAGAGAUUCAGGAGUUUUUAAAAAGAUCCAAUCCAGAGAUAUCACAGCAUCUAGCCAAAAAGGAAAUCAAAUGGAACUUCAAUCCACCUGCAGCCCCUCACUUUGGUGGACUAUGGGAGGCCGCUGUUAAAUCCACCAAACAUCACUUGCAACGAGUAAUGGGCACACUUGUUCUCACCUAUGAAGAAAUGAACACUUUGUUGACACGCAUAGAGGCUAUUCUCAAUAGUAGACCAAUCGGAACGAUGAUCACAGACCCUAACGAUGGCGACUAUUUGAGCCCAGGUCACUUUAUUAUUGGAUCGCCACUCUUAGCUCCACCUGAAAUUGACAGCAGUGACACACCCAUGAACAGACUACAAAGAUAUGAACUUCUACAACAGGCUGUUCAGUGUUUUUUGGAAGAGAUGGUCACAGGAAUACGUUCAAACCCUGAUUCCUCGUAG